GCCUACUGCUGUAAUAUUGUGUAAGGUGAACUUGUACGAGCCGUGUACAUAUGUAGGCGGUCCCCUAGCAGUUGUGGUUAUAUUACAUUCCCGGCAUUCAGCAGAUGCUCUUAAUUUUUUAUUUGUUGAAUGUACUGGUUUGACUUCAGAAAUGAAACUCCCACAGACAUUUGUUAGUUUACCAUUUGAGUGCAAUUAGAACCCGAACCUCUCACCCGCCCAGAGACGAACGUGGUACCGGUUGGCUAAAGGUGAAAUCGCCCUUAUUACAUAGUUAUUUAGAAAAUGAGGGUUGCGUCGCCAGUGUUUGUCGGUGUAACCUGCUACAAUGCCUUCGCUUUACUGCAGUUGUGUGCUUAUUUAGGGAACUAGCAGAGUUACACCAAUGCACCGUCGAUGCCAGUUGCAGCAAUAAUCGCUCUCCUGUACUGGUCGGCGUACUAGUAACGCCUAUUGAAGUAAUACGCAAGGCAAUACGAAAUCGAGCAGACUGUGAAAUAAAAUGGCUAAUUCUAGGCGAAGUUGCGAUAAAUGUUGUAUACUGAAAGGUACUUGGUACCCUUCGUGGUGUUUUUAGAAUUCCCCUUUGGGAUUAUUUGUAUCGCCUCAGUUUCGAUGGCACAAGCAGUUGCUCAAAUGUUCACGUUUUUAAGUAAACGUUUUUUAAAGCAAAUUAUUGCUCAAAGGGAGAGUGCAAUGGACUUUAGAACAUUAGUAACUGCAAUGAAAGUACAUUGAGAAUUUCUUUAACAAGAGUAAGAAAGUUAAGACACAUCGGUUAAGAAAAUGGUGGGGAGGGGGUCUUUUGUUCUGAAGAAAGACAGACGUUAUGUUUUUUUUGCCGACCCGCCGUAUUGAACCAAUAGAUUUUGAACAUAAAAUCGUGGACCAACAGCCUCCAAUGAGAAUCGGUCUGACGUCACCGGCAAAAGGGGAAUGUAAAUUUGCAUUCAUCCCCGGUCAGACGCUUUAAUUACGAGACACAAUUGCGUUCUCUCCACUCCAACGUGCAAGAUGCCUGAAGUUGCAAAAUCAGCGCCCAAGAAGGGCUCGAAGAAAGCCGUGACCAAGACUGCUGCGAAAGGCGGAAAGAAGCGCAGAAAGAGCAGGAAAGAGAGCUACGCUAUCUACGUGUACAAGGUGUUGAAGCAAGUUCAUCCUGACACCGGCAUCUCUUCCAAAGCCAUGGGCAUCAUGAACUCAUUUGUCAACGACAUUUUCGAGCGUAUCGCCGGUGAGUCCGCCCGUUUGGCUCACUACAAUAAGCGGUCCACCAUCACUUCAAGGGAGAUCCAGACUGCAGUGCGUCUUCUGCUGCCCGGAGAGCUGGCCAAACACGCAGUGUCUGAGGGAACAAAGGCUGUUACAAAGUACACCAGCUCCAAGUAAACUAGCAUAAGAAUUUCACCCAAAGGCUCUUUUAAGAGCCACCCACAUUGCAAACAAAAGGCAGAAUUUCAUUAACCGUUGGGAUGGUGACCUUUCGGCAGCGAGAGGCGUGUACCCACAAAUCAUCCGGUGACUUUCAGCGCCGUCGGAGUAGUCAACAGCACCUGACACAGUCCUGUCCAGCGGGGUUGGUGCCAAUGCUUUCAUCUGAGGUCCUUCAUCACCACCCAGUCACCAGGCUGCAACCCGCGCUGGGCAUCUGUCCAGGGUUCAGGUAACACCGCCUUGGGUUCUGCAUAAAUACCUUUCAACACAUUGUUUAAUGCCAUACAGUAAUCUCCCAUAGCUUCUUCACAUCCUUGCGGAGUUUAUCUAUUCUGGGGAAACGGUGCGUUCACCAUCCACAUCGGUCACCCUGUGAAAAUCAUGAGAGGACAUUCCGGUUGUGCAGUGUGUUCUUCCCCUCACAUGCAUCUGAGCCAACGGUAGCACUUGUACUCAUGACAGUCCGCUUUCUGCCAUCAACGCUGCGAGCUUAUUCUUUAGCGUCCUGUUGGCCCUUUCUACAGCGCCUCCACUCGCAGGGUGGUAAGCACAAUGAGUCCACACAUCGAUCUGCAGACAGAUGCUGAA